GAUCUCGAGCAAAUAACUUAUGUAAAGAGAGGUACUAUUGGGAGACUCUUGUACUUGGGUAUACAAGUCCACCUGCUGGAGGUACCUAUUUGGACCCUGGCAACUAGCAUCAACUCUUGGAAAGUUCGGCCGGACAACUUCGUGGGCGGCAUGCUUGGCUGUCGAUCAUUCAUGGUUUUGUUCGAUCUUCACCAACAUGAGGCUCUUCGCGGAACGGGUAGAUUUCCAACCUUGGGUGACGUUGAUGCCUAGCUGGCUUGCCAUUCUCGUGGAAACAAGAAUGAACAGGCAGCAAUAAUGGCUCCAUUUGAUGAAAGACACACAGUUUUUGGGAAAUAAGCGGUUCUCUGACGUCUGAUCGCAGAGCUGGUUUGCACGCGUCGGCCAUUAACAUUAACCACAGCCAUUAACCACAGCGAGCAACACUCAGCACACUCUAUCAUUAUGCCCUCCAACACACUCGACCUCUCUCAGAGGAUCCUCCGCAUUUCCAGGAGUGAUGAUACCCAAGGUUACGUGCUCCUCCAGGUCUCCCCCACCAGCUUUAAUGCCCUGGAUCUGGAUAUUGCCGCGACGGAGGGGGAGAACCCCUAUACUGGCACUGUGCGACAAACCCACCUGAAAACUCUCCGCGCGAAGAACUACCGAGGUAGCGACGACGAAUGGGUUCAAAUCGUGUCAUAUGUUUUUGGUCAGCUCAAAGAAUCCGUCCCAAAGUCCGAAAUACUCUCUGGAAUUGAAUCUUCGGCGAGUAUCAUCGAAUCGGGCGACGUUAGUAGGGAGCUAGUUAUCACGAUACGCAAACGAGUCCAAUCCAUUACACAAAGGCUGGGUUCUGUGACCCUAAGACAGGAUGAUGAACAGGCAAUUCAACUAUUCGAUUGGUCGGGUGCGGCUGUUGCAAGGGCAGAUGCUCUCGCGGAACGUCUUUCCACUUUAACAGAUCGUUACCACGCCGCCGAAAACGCUAUCCAACGACUCAACCAGCAGUUGGAGGAAUUCAUGAGCGCCAAGACCCAGCACGAUGAGUUACUGAUGGCCAAUUUCGUGCAACUGUUGAAUGAGAAGAAGCUCAAGAUUCGCAAUCAACAACGCCUCUUGGCUUCUGCAAAGGUAGACCCUGAAAAAGCAUCAGAGAUUCGGUCAGCAAUCCCGGGCACACAUCCUCUCUCUGGCCCGUCCAAUUCCAAAACAAAGCGAUCCGCUCAAGAGAUGUUAGACAGUGAAUCCGAUAGUGAGGACGGAUUUGAGAGCAUGGAAGUCGAUCACAAUGGGCAAAACGAUGGUCGCUCAGACGACCAGGAAACGGAAGAUGAAGAAACUUCUACGCCCCAGCCCCUUGAAGAUGACGAAAACACCAACACAGGUGAAGCACUUCCGUCACCAUCAAUAGAAAACGAGCGCGAAGACAACAAGCAGGCAUCAGGCGAAACACCUCAAAACAACACUAUAUUAACAAAUUCAGCCGUCCCACCACCCCGAAGAGAGCUUCCGUUUGUUAAGAAGCCACAGGUGAAUCAUAUGCCACCAAGAUCAAAUGAAUCCGUCGCUGCAGGGGAGGAUGCUGAAGCAACGGCGGGGGAAACUGAUGAUGAUGAGUUGUAAUUUGCGGCGAGCGCUGCGGAUCAGAACUUCCUAGAUCUCGAAGUUUCAAUUACCGACGCAUAACAUCUUUUCCUCUCUGGGGCAUGUUCAACACUACGUAUGACUACUAUAUCACUUCAAUUAGAGCGAAUAAAGCGAGAUAACACUCCAGGGGCUUAUUCAGAAGAGCUGCGACGUCCAAAUUUUACACCCUCCUUUGAGCCAGGAGAACGGACCAUAUUACUGAUGGAAGGGUCCACAUUGAAUAGCUUCUUUUGACUCGAAAGACGGUCAUUUUCUCCACAUCAUAUGUACAUAUUCACCUCCCCAGAUCAGUUUUGAGGAUGACAGACAACGAUUCGGAGAUACACUGCCCAUGUAAAAUGGAAAAUAAUCGAUAACUAUGGGGAAACAAAAAAGGAGGCAAAACAAUACUUAGGUGGUACAAUGAAAACGCCUGAUCCAACAGACAAAGGAGAACAGAC